AUUUCUGAUAUUAUAGUUAGACUCUGCUUCCCCUGGCUUGUAGUAUUAUGUUACACCCCUCCUCACCCAAUCACAGCGCUCCCCAAAAUCCUCCUGCCCGCUCCCCGCUAUAAGAGCCCCGCACGUCCCAGUCUGGCAGACACCUCUGCUUCUCCGUGGCGCACGAGAUUUACCGUAAUACCAGCCCGCCCCUGUUCUGCAGGCCACAGUUCUUAUUGGGCUACCUGUCGUGUUUGUUUAUGUUGUAGCCAGGGUAGUGGGUUGGGGUCAGGGGUUAUAAGGCUCCUACAGACUCAACAGGAGAAGUUUUGGAAGAGACGAUGCGGGAAGAGGACUCCUCCCCAAUGGACAGUGCGGGGAACAGUGAGGAGGAGACCGACCGUCAGCUGCCGCGGAGAGGCGCGAGAAAGCGGCGGGCGACACGGAGGCGCGCGGACGAGGAGGAGGAGGAGGAAGGAGAAACAGAGAGUCUGAGCCACGUUAAGAAGAAAUGUAGAAAAAGCUGCGAAGGAGGAGGUGGCAGUGCAGGGAGCGGAGACAGCGAAGCCAGCAGCAGCCCCACGCGCUCCUUCGAUGACCUACAGACACAGCGCGUGAUGGCCAACAUCCGCGAACGGCAACGGACGCAGUCCCUCAACGAGGCAUUCACGUCGUUACGUAAGAUAAUUCCCACCCUCCCGUCGGACAAACUCAGCAAGAUCCAGACGCUUAAGUUGGCAGCCCGGUACAUCGACUUCCUGUGCCAAGUUCUGCAGAGCGACGAGCUUGACGCGCGAGGGACAAGCUGCAGCUACGUGGCGCACGAGCGCCUGAGCUACGCGUUCUCGGUCUGGAGGAUGGGGGGCUCGUGGUCCUUGUCUACUACGUCCCACUAGCAGGGCUGCUGUUGAUGGCACAGCAUGAUUAUCCAAACUGAAGAACCAGUGCAUCUGGCUGAGCCUUCACAGAGACUGAAACAGGCCAAACACAGCUGAGGAUCCAGCGGCUGUGUUCUUCAGGCCUCAGAGGAGAGCAGACUUUUGAUAUUUCCCUUUGCAAGGACUGUAAUGUUUGCAAGGGAGCACUUAGGACAGACAGGACGGAAAUGAAGAAAGAAAGACCACUGCGACUAUGAAUGUUGUGAAAACAAAAUGAGCUCUGAGGGACUGCUCUGUUUUGAAACACAAGAGAAAAAUGACAAUUCAUUCCAUAUUCCCUGUGACAAUGUUUCACAGCAAAUGAAGUAUUUUGUAUUUAUUUUUCUACGCAGGUUCCAAGCCCCCCACACACACUCAAAUAAAAGUUAUUUAUUUUUGGGAUAUCACAGAAUGCUGAAUGGAUCUGGAGUCUGUGCAUUUUGAGUUUUGUAAAUAUUUGGUAAUAUCUUGAAUAAAAAAAUGAAAGUAUCAUUCUUA